GGAGUAGAGUGAGGAGGGCAGGCCUCAGCGGGAGCAGCGGGAGCACCGGGGCCGGGCCGCCCCCGCGAGCAAGGCGCCGCCAUUCCGCUGCUCGGGGCGCCGCCGCCGCCGCCACCGCCACCGCGUCCGGGGGCCAUGCUCCCGCCGCCCCCGCGCCAGCCGCCACCCCAGGCGCGCACGGCCCGCGGCUCCCUGCGCCUGCAGCGGGCUUUUCUGCGCGGGCCGCUGGGAGUGCUGCGGCUGCUGCAGCUGCUGGCCGGAGCCGCCUUCUGGAUCACCAUCGCGACCAGCAAGUACCAGGGCCCAGUGCACUUCGCGCUCUUCGUGUCGGUGCUCUUCUGGCUUCUCACUCUGGGGCUCUACUUCAUCACGCUGCUGGGCAAGCAGGAGCUGGUGCCCGUGCUGGGCUCGCGCUGGCUCGUGGUCAACGUGGCGCACGACCUGCUGGCGGCCGCCCUCUACGGGGCCGCGACGGGCAUCAUGAUCGACCAGACGCAGCGCCACAGCUACUGCAACCUCAAGAGUUACCGGCUGCCCUGCGCCUACCAUGCCUUCCUGGCGGCCUCUGUCUGCGGGGGUCUCUGCCUCGGCCUCUACCUGCUCUCGGCACUCUACGGCUGCUGCCGUCGCUACCAGGGCAAGGAGGAGGUGGUGUGAGGCCACCCGCUCCACCGCGGCCCAGAUCGGUGCGGCGAUCCCUCCCGAGCCCUUCCUGCCGCCGCCCCGUGCCGGUGCUCCCCUGCACCCUCUCCCUGCCUGCGUUUCCACUGCCCGCGCCCUGGAUCCCCGACGUUCAGUUCUAGUCUGACUGCUGUGGCUCAGCUCAGCCCAGAUAUCAGCUUCCAGGGACUCGCGCAGCCAUCCCAGGCGCCGACGCACACACCCAGUUGGGCCGCUCCAGGCGAAGCCUGGAAGUCCCUUUCCCCAUUCCCUGUCGAGAGCUAGACGUGGACAGGCGCCGCCGCGUAGAUCCGGGGGAGGCUCUCAAAUUGAAAACAGUCUUUGGACUGCGCCACUGCCCCCUCCCUCCUGCCCUGCAGGAAGAGCAUCCCUUCCCUGCCCCCUCUUCCAGCCAUGGAUGGUGUAGAAUGCAGUCAGGCAGCUGCAAGUGGAGCUGGGGACAGGCCUUAGCUAGCUGUAGUUUGGCUCUCUCCCUGCACAGCCCUACGACUUCAACGAAGUCUUUGGGUGGGGUCACCUACGGGAGUGGCGGAUAGCAAAGGCCCGCAGGCUAUACCUUACUUAACGACGCAAGUCUUCUCUACGCCUUUAUCCUUGGCGUUCAUCCAGACUGGGCCAAAUGUACUAACUUCCCUGGCCUCUCAGGUGUCACUCACCAGCUUCUGCUGCACCCCACCUUUAAAUAUGUUUUCACUGGGGAUCCCACGUGACCGACGGCGACUGUUAAGGUGCCUCUUUGGGAACCCAGAUCCUGCUCUUAGGAACAGCUGUUUUAAGAUUACAACCACACUCUUUCCUCUAAAUCAGCGAGUUGUCUAGGGAGCCCUUCGUGUGUUACCUCCAAAAGGUUUAGAAGGUAAAUGGGUCUGUCACUGGUGCUGCCUUCCCUGCACAGACUCACAAUGUUUGUUAGCAUAAUGAGGUCUCUGAGAAAUCCCAGAGGUAUCACGGCCACACGUGGUAAUUCAGUUUACUGGACUAUUCCCACCACAAGACUGCGCCUAUGCUUUCUUGGUCAUUCCCUCAGGUUGACCCAUUGAAGAUUAGGAAGCUCCUCUUCCCCUGAGAAUUUCUCUAACUGGGUGUCCACCCAAUGACAAACAAGCUAGAGACCCACUUCCCAGCCAGAGACCUGAGAACAGUUGAAUACUGGUUCACAUUGUUGGAACACGAAGCCAAGGAUAACCAGAUGGUGUCCGAGUCCAAAGGACAGUCGCUUGUAAGAGAUCUUGGCACUGACUGAGCAGAUGGCGGGUGAGUUCUGCCACCAAAUUGAGAACUGCCUGGACCUGGGGUGGACAGCCGGUGCCACCUCUAAGGUUUCCAUGUUGCUGGGGCAUGUUGCUCGAAGAUUCCCAGAGCCAGCAGAAUGCUACAGCCCUCCCUGAUUGGCUGAACUGGUCUGCCUGGGACCAGCAGCAGGUUUGGGAGUCUUUGCUGUUGCGGUGGGGAACAAGCAGCCUCUUGCACACCAUCUGGUGGAAGAGCCAUGGGAGAGAAGACUGGUUUCCUUCUUGAUGGUAGAGGAUUCCCAAGCUCCUGUGUUAUAAUUUAGGCACAAGAUCUGGUCACUUGGGACAGAAUUCUGCCCGCCUCCCAUUCCCUAAACGAUGGGCCUCAGUUCUAGCUCCCAUUCUUUACCUGGUUGCCUCUUUUAGAUCACUGUCUAAGCUCAGGUCCAGCCCCCUCAGGAUCUCCUCAGGCCCAGUGCUCUGGGUCUGAGGCCAGCCAACCUUACUCAGGAGCACACAUCUUGGCCUUUCUGAUGCCUCAUAUACCCCGUUGUGCCUGUAGCAUUCUGGGGCUCUCUAGCUCUUCUCGGUGUGCCUUCCAGCUUUGCUUCUAACAGCUUGGUGAUGUGAGAAGCACAGAUAAGACUAUUAUGACACCCACCUUUCCUCAAAUGGCAUAGUAUGAUCACCCUGAUGUGGCCCAGAGCACUUGGAAACUGGCAGUACUCUCCCUGGCUUACCUCUCUGACAACCAGGACUGGGGCCAAGCCAAGACCACCCAGACAGCUCCCAACCAUAAAUCUGGGGCUUCUUGUGGGCCCGGGAGACAAUUUCUACAUUGUGUACGAAGGCCACGCAGGGGUGGGUUUUGGUGUAGGGAGGGUGGUUAGAGAGAGGGGCCAUGUGCCUUAUCCAGUAGUGUAUUCAAGGUUACCCCAGUAUGCUUUUUCGGAAUAAAGUUUGUUUUGUCUGAUCUUG